CACUAGGAGUUUUCCUGUUUGGACUUUUCUUUGGAUUUUGCAUCAUUAUUUAAUAUUGUAAAUACUGGGUCCCCUUUUCAACAUGUUGCUCGUGAAAGCCCUCACCGCGCUGGCAAUUGUCGCAGUAGAAAAAGCUGCAGCCACGAUAUUCUAUGCAGGAGUCUCUGAAAGUUCUGGGGAAUUUGGAGUAUGGAGUAAGUACACAUGUUCCUGUUUGAAGGCUUCCAUACAUGGAUAGAUAUUGCAUGGAAAGUUGGGCACUGAAAUGUCACCUUUCAAUGAAAUUUAGCAACCACAGAGAAGCAAGGAGGGACGACACUGAAUGUUGUCUAACGAGUCUCAGGUGCAACCGGAACCAAAGGGACUGGACUUCCCGGAAGGUUUGGAGUUGAUUAUUCGUUUAUCGACAAGAGCGCCAUUGAUAUCUUUGUUGAUACCAAUAAAGUGAGUACGAGUAAAUCUUAUUGCAUCCCCAAAUCCAAUAUCACGUGUUUUUAUUUUCAACCAUCACACACAUGACAAUACAAAACUGGAGAUGAUUUCCCAGCUAUACUGAUAUUCUGUGCCAGAUCAACACCUUUCGUAUCGCGUUUCUUCUUGAAAGGAUGUGCCCUCUGAGCUACGGUUUAGGUGCCAAGUUCAAUGAAACUGUAAGUAUUGCUUCCAUUUACCCGGUAUUCGGGGCUAAUUUAAUUUAAUAGCAUUUCGACUAUUACGCCGAUGCAGUACAUUACAUAACCAAGACCAAGGGAGCAUAUGCCAUCCUGGAUCCUCACAAUUACAUGCGCUACAAUGAUCCCAGUUCGCAACCGAUGUCAGGUAGUGUCAUUGGAAAUUCAAGCGACGUUACGGCUGCAACCACAAAGCAGUUUGGAGAAUUUUGGAAGGAGCUGGCCAGUAGAUUUAAGCAUAACGAGAGAGUGAUAUUUUCUAUUAUGAAUGAGGUAUCGAUCUAUGUUUUCAAUAGGGGUUUUGGCAUGUUGCUGACGGAAUUGAAUAGCCACAUGAUAUGGAAACCAGUUUGGUACUCGCUAAUAACCAAGCAGCCGUGGAUGGAAUCAGAUCAUCUGGGGCAAAGCAAUUGUAAGGAUUUCAUCACUCCUAUAAAUAAUCAGAACUCACACAAUUGCAGAAUUCUGGCUCCUGGAAAUCAGUGGUCUGGAGGGCAUAGCUUCACCCAAAGUUGGGUCGGUUACUCGCCUUCUUCUGCUGAGGCUCUUGUAAACCUCACAGACCCACUUAAGAAUCUAGCAUUUGAUGUCCAUGAAUAUCUCGAUGUAGAUUUCUCGGGGUCCCAUUCAGAGUGUGCCUCACCAGCAGACACCAAUCUUGCAGAUCUCACAUCAUGGCUCAAAGCCAACUCAUUCAAGGCCAUGAUCACUGAAUUUGGGGCAGCAAAUGGUACUCAAUGCCAGCCAUACCUCGAAGGAAUCCUAGAAUACAUGAGGGAUAACCCUGAGUAUAUUGGCUGGACUGCAUGGGCUGCUGGUCCUUUCUGGGGUGCUAAUAGUGCUUGCUGUGCUGAUUCUAAGCAAUGGGGAAGCUUGGAGCCGACGAGCAUGGCGGCGGAUCGAGGACCGGGGAUGUAUGAAACUGUUUGUAAGUUUUGACUUUUUUCUGCUUAUAAUUGUGUCUCCAUUGGAUAGAGCUAACCUAGUUUGCGACUUAGGGUUGGGUAUCAUGCAGAAGUUUGUACCAAAGAAGUUGGUUUGGAAAGGGGUGAGUAGUGUUAACGGUGGGAAUCUGACCACUAGGAGAUGA